AAAAGAAUUCAACCAAUUAGAUGUCAGUAGGGUGAUACAAGUAAUUGAUUGGCCGAAUGUCUGAGGUGUGGGCUUUGAGGGAAGCGGCGGGUAAUGGAUUCCAGGAGAGUGCGGAUAUUGAGCGAUACAGAACGGACGUUCCAGGAGGUCUAUCGUUCACUGGUACAAGAUAAAGACCUCAGUGACAGUUUCUGGCAGAGAUGUAACAACUACAAAGUGUUCUCUACAUCUGAAAGUUGUCUGACUCUUCAAAGAAGCAGCGUGACUAAAAGCAAAGUAACAGAAGAAAAAAUAACUGUGAACCUGCACAACUCAACCUUGAUCUCUGGCAGACAUGAUCAUUACACUGCUCGGCCUCCAUUGAGAGAACAUUCAGGCUACCCAGGCUAUAAGACUUCUAAGCAAAGAACGAAACCCCAGCAUGUUAGAACUCAUUCAGAAGAGAGGGAAUGCAGCAUGUCCUUUCCACACCAAUCGUCAUACAAUGAGGAUACUGACAGUCUGCAAUCAUUCUUUAAUGAUGGAGAGCCCUCUACUUUCCAAUCCGGAACAGAUGAAUGCUCUGCUAAUGUAACUGCAUUGGUUAAGGAGUCCAUGGACAUUAAAGUUUUGUGUGAAGCCUGUCAGAAACUUCACAGAGCAGCCAUCAAAAACAAGUCUGCCUCUGUUAAAAAGCCGAAAAUCUUGGAUCCUAAUCAUUGGUGCUGUGACUUUUGGAUGAUGGUGAACAGGACUCCAUUGGUGAAUAAUGGUCCAAGAAGGAAACGAAGCUUAAGAAUGACUCUAAAGAUUCUUAAAAGAAAUGUUAGUAAAGUACCUGCUGGGAAAUGUACCAGAGCACACCCCUUCCUUCAGAGAAAUCUUCGCCAAUGCAAGGAUGCCAGACGGGCUUCCUUCAAGCAACAGCGAAAGAAAAGGCAGAGGAAGAAAGGUUCUAAUAUGUUAAAGCCCAAACCAAAAGUGCAGAGAACAAGAUCUAUGAAUGCUACUCAGAACUAUGAAAAAAAACCUUUUGUAUUUGUCAUAGAUUCAAGCCAAGAUGAGGAUGCAGAUUUGGAUAUUAAAGAGCAGAGGCCAAAAUCCAAGGGAGAAAGGAGAAGCAAACUUGUUUGUAACCUAAAUUCAUUUUCCUCUCCGAACCAUACUUCUAGUGCUGCAGACAACACUGCUUUUGUAAGGAAAACCAAGCCAAAUAAUUCAGCUGAGUCUAACAUUGCCUCAUCAGUGUUAUUAAUGGAUGGAGUAAAUUCUGCAGAUUCUGAGAGCUCAUUUCCUUUUGAGACUGUGGAUAAUGAUGAAUAUCACUCUGAAAGGGAAAUAUUUCAGACUCCCCCAACAGGAAACUUGGAUUCCUUCUCCUGGGUCCAUGGAGGCAGCUUUAGAGACAUGCUUGCGCGGUUAAAUUCAGGAUGCUUAAAAAGUGCUGCCAUUAAAGAGCACUGAAUUUGAAACUGACUCCACCUUCAGCAUUAUUAAUAUUCUGUUAACAUGUUCAGUUUAUGAUCCCUAUGUAACAAGCAAUGAAUAUUCUGCCUCUGUUUAGAUUCUUCUUCUGUGGAUUUGGCUGGAUUGCUCGGUUUUCUGUAUUAGUCACAACACUGCUGGCAUUCUGCCUGUAAAAUCAUUUGUUGAUUCAGGGUAGCAAAUAGUCACCUAAAUAAAUAUUUUACAGUAUUCUGCUUACAUUGCAUAGUACAAUUGAAUUUGCUACUCUGUGUGUGUCUUCAGAGUUAGAGGAUUGGCUAAUAAACCUUAAAGCCAGUAAUAUAUUUCAAUGUGAAAGCAAAGUAGUCUAUGUUGUCAUUGUUGAUCCCACUCUUUUUUCCCACUACUUUGACUUGACUGACCGGAAACUGGAAGACAAAUGUAUGUGUCAGAUCUUUUUUUUUUUUUUCCCAAACUCUGUGUACAUGAAAUAUAGCCUUUUUUGUUUUUUUAAAUAGGGAUAAAGUUCCCACUUGUGGAUACAAGGAGUUCUGCAUUCUGUUAGCCAUCCUCUUACAUAUACAUACAUCCUAAAAUUGGCAUAAAUUCAUGAUUGGUCUAUACUGGUUUUAGUGUACCUAGCCUUCUAGUCCACAUCACUUAUGAAUUGGCACUUCAGAACCUCAGUUGUCCUGCUCCUGUAAAGUAGGAGUAACAAUUUGUAUGAAAUAUGAAUAUUAAAUAUAAUCUAAAUAUAAUCUACAAUUUUUGUAGAACAGAAACUUCAAAUGGACUAAAAUGUGUCUAUUGCACUAUUCAUAACAGGUGUUACGUGUGUGAUAUGUUGAGUGGAUUUUACACUAAUUCAAUUAGACAUCUUUCUAUGUUAUUUAUAAUAAAGGCAUUUUAUAGCAGA